AUAAGGUAAAAUCAAUUUAAAAAAGUGGCACCCCUCACCGCCAGCCCUCAGCCACCUGCACCCUAGCCAACCGCCACCUACCAGCCAAACGACGGCGGAGGCCCAAGACGCACAGUCUAAAGAGAUCCGGGCCUGGAAUCAAAUCCUUCGGCUAAAAGAGUGGUCUCACAGCCUCUGUUACGGCCAACCGCCGCACUAUGUCGUAACCCAUCUAGUUUUAAAAAAUCCGGUUGUUAUGAACGAAAGUGUCACUUUUGGAAGCUCAUUUGCCUUUGAUUUAUUAUUCUAUGUGGCGUUUAGCAUUUUCCCCGACUCUUAUAAGAAAUUUCUUAGCUAAAGCCCCACUAGACCCCUUCUCCAAUCUUUUUUUUUCUGAAAACACUUUGAAAAGUCACGAAUGUUGGGUCUUGAGGAACUAUUUUUCGCGGUGGGCUUCAAGUCCUAGCUUGUCUAUAUGGAGAAGAAAGAAGGAAAUGAGCAAAGAGGGUUUGAUGGUGGCUAAAGAGUUGAAGCGUGUUCAAUCUCAUCCUCUACGCCUUGAACGCUUCAUCAAGUCCCAUGUGUCUCGCUUGCUCAAGUCUGAUCUUGUUUCUGUUCUUGCCGAGUUCCAGAGGCAAGACCAGGUCUUUCUCUGCAUGAAGCUAUAUGAUUUGGUGCGCAGAGAAAUAUGGUAUCGCCCAGACAUGUUCUUUUACAGGGACAUGCUUAUGAUGCUUGCAAGAAACAAAAAGGUGAAUGAAGCGAAAUGGGUUUGGGAAGAUCUCAAGCGAGAGGAAGUUUUGUUUGAUCAGCAUACCUUUGGUGACAUUGUCAGGGCCUUCUUGGAUAGCGGACUGCCCUCGGAAGCAAUGGAUAUAUAUGAUGAAAUGAGAAGAUCUCCUGAUCCCCCAAUAUCAUUGCCAUUUCGUGUGAUCUUGAAGGGCCUGAUUCCAUAUCCAGAAUUGAGAGAAAAGGUCAAAGAUGAUUUCUUGGAGCUCUUCCCUGACAUGAUUGUGUAUGAUCCACCUGAAGACUUGUUUGAAGAUCAAGAUUGGAGAAGGGAAAGUGAUGACGACAGAAGGCAUUGAUGAUGCACUUGGACAGUGAAGGCACUCAUUCUUCAGUAAAGCUUGCCAUCAUGAAGAGCAGAAUGAUUUCUUAUGCCUGUACCAGUUGAGAUCAGUUGGUGACUCUCUGGUAGAUGAACGUUAUUCAGGUUGCAAAGUCUUGAUCUUUGAACCAUGAUGUACAUUAAGGAAUAUCCUCGCUAUCAGCUUAAAAAAGCGAUAGGUCGGUGCCAUGUAAUGCAUUCUUGACUGACUCAUUUGAAAGCAUGUAGCUGAUACAAAGGCAUGAUAUUACUUUCAAUGGAUUGACUUAAUCGUUAAUAUCUGUAUCAUUUGAAUUUUUAAUUUGUGGAUCAUUUUACCGUCCAAAGGUUAAUUUUUGUAUCAUUUGAAUGAAGAUAGAAUUAAAAAAAUAUGGAAUUUUAGUUACCUGUCUUA